UCAAGUAGUCAACUUCAUUCCGUAGUUCACGUUCCUCUAAAAUCAAGUGUCAUUCCGAAAUUAGGAAAAUGUGUUUUUCUGCCUCGUUUUAACCAACAUUCUCAAAGUUUCCUGGUGGCUGAUGUAUAUUUCUGUCUAAUAGUGUAAAUAAGUAAAUUUUAGAAGACUUAGAUUUAUCAAAAAUAUUCAAGGUCAAAAAUGGGAAAUGUACAUGCUUUUUCUGCUCCACCACCGCCACCCCCAAGCCCCGGCAUGUCUUUACCAAAAGAAAUGGAGGAAAAGAAUGACACAGAAAAAAUCGAAAAUCCAGGUCCCCUGGAUGAAAUUCAUAAUAAAUGCAAAAAUAUAUUUCCUACAUGCUUCGAAGGAGCUAGAGUAAUGCUCACCAGAGGUUUGAGUAACCAUUUUCAAAUAUCUCACACUAUCAAUAUGAGUUCAGUUACCCCAAGUGGGUACCGUUUUGGGGCAACAUACGUAGGAACUAAACAAUUAUCACCUUCGGAAGCUUAUCCAAUCUUAUUAGGAGAUAUUGAUCCUUCAGGAAAUUUGAAUGCCACCAUUAUUCAUCAAAUAUGUACUAAUGUACAAGCCAAAUUUGGAGCCCAGGUACAAAAUUCCAAGUUCACAGUUGGGCAGUUAACAAUGAAUUACAAAGGGCCUGACUAUACUGCCAGUUGUACUGUGGCUAACCCAAAUAUAAUAAAUAACUCGGGAGUUGUUGUACUACAUUAUCUCCAAUCUGUAACUCCUCGUUUGGCAUUGGGAACUGAACUUGCCUAUCAAAAAGGAGCUGGUGUACCUGGAGGACAAAUUGCUUUAUUAAGUGCAGCAGCAAAAUAUUCAACGGAUCUCUAUCAAGUUUCUGGUACUUUAGGAGUAUCCGGCAUUCAUUUAUGCUAUUAUCAAAAAGCAAGCAAGCAGUUACAAAUCGGGGUAGAAUUAGAGGCAAAUCAUAGAAUGCAAGAAUCGGUCGCAUCUAUUGGUUAUCAAGUAGAUUUACCAAAGAGUGAACUUGUUUUUAAGGGUCAUAUUGACUCAAACUGGUCAGUAGGAGCUGUAUUGGAGAAGAAACUUGUACCAUUACCUUUCACUUUAGCAUUGAGCGGUCUCCUAAAUCACCAAAAGAAUCAGUUCCGAUUGGGAAUUGGUAUUUUGAUAGGAUGAUUUGUCCACUGUGCAAAAAUUCCAAUGACUAUAAUAAAAUUGAUUGUGUACUUCUACAUUCACCUUGAUUUUAAUUCAUUCUAUUUUUCACUUUUGAAUGACUACAAUUAUAGAAAAUCUAAUUUGGUUGGUCACAUGGAUAUUGGCAGGAAUAAAAUUUCCUUAUUCAUAAAACUUAAGUUCAUGAACAUCCGUUUUUUAUAUCUGAUUUUUUAUUAAUGUAUGCGCUAAUAGUGAAUAUGGAAACAAUUUGUUAUUCAGUUUUAAAGUGUAGAAGGAAGUUAUUGUAACAGAAUACGAUCACAUGGAAAUGAUUAAAAUAUUGUUGACUAGA